AUGAGCUCGUCGUCCCCAUCCCGCUCGGCCGGCCCGCCAGGGCCUGCUGAAAGGCCCUCCAAGAGGAGUAAAAUGCCAAAUGGCACCUUCAUCGAUCCACAGACAGGCCAGCGAUCCCGACGACAGUUCACCUUGCGCGGUGCCUUCCGUGAUCGCGGUCGCACCAACACCGGCGACAGCCAUGUCUCGAUUCGCCCUUUCUUCUCGCGCGAGAGCUUCUCCGAAAGAAUAGAUGCGCUCGGCCAUAAUGCCAAGGCAUCCGUUAUCAACAGCUGGGCGUGGCUGAAGUCUCCCAGCGGGAGGGGCGUAAUGAAAUGCGUCCUGGCCUACUCCCUCGGGAGCCUGUUCACCUUAUGGGAGCCACUGUCCGACUUCCUGGGCAGGCCGGACGGAAAGCAUGUCGUUGCGACCAUCACUGUCUAUUUCCACCCGUCGAGGACGGCGGGCUCCAUGAUCGAAGGCACCUUGAUCGCCAUUAUAGCCGUCAUCUACGCCGAGAUUGUGUCCAUAUGUUCGAUGGCUACCUCGGUCUUCUUCGGUUCGGCUCUGCACAUGGUCGCUGUGGCGUAUGCCCUGGUUCUUUUGAUUUUUGUCGGUGGCGCUUUCGGGUUUGUAGGAUGGGUGAAGCAGAGGAUGAAUAACCCUCAGGUCAACGUCGGGAGCACUCUGGCUUCGCUAUCUAUGAUCAGCAUCUUGACGAAGGAGAACGCUGUGCAGGAACACGUCUUCUCGAACCAGAAGAUCGUCCAGGUCUUGAAGAUGCUGAUUUGCGGCAUCUUUAUCACGGUUGCUGUCAAUCUGACACUGUGGAGGACAUCCGCAAGAGCACAGCUGCGAGACGGCAUGACCAAAGCCUCGAGCUCGCUCGGCGAGAUGUUGACCAUGAUAACGCAUGGCUUCCUGAGUGGUUCAGAAGAGGAAUGGUCGACACCCGAAUUCGCGAAGGCCUCGGCUGGAUACAAUGCCGCCUACGGCAAAAUGUCCAAGAAUCUUAGGGAGGCAAAGUUCGAGCACUACUUCGUGGGCGAUGAGAAGAUAUAUCAAUUGGACAAGGCCGUCUACAAAUCGAUGGAGAACUUGGCACAAUCGAUCGGUGGCUUGAGGAGCGCGGCCAAUACUCAGUUCGCGCUGCUGAAAGAGGGCCCCGAGCCUGGAUCUGGCAAUGUUUCGCCCGGCCAGCUUUCUCCGUCCCUAUACCGGACCUUCUCAUCGAGCUUAAGGAGUCAUCUCCCCACGCUCUCAGCCAUCGAUGAGGGUUCGGACGAGAGUGACGAUGAACAAUCUGUCAAUGGCCCUCCCAGUAGCACUCCAGUCUUUCGUUCACCGAGCGACAUCUUCAACUUGUUCAUCGCGUUGCUAGGGCCGUCCAUGAAGUCCUUGGCUUUCACAUUAUCGGAAGUCCUGAGCGAGCCGCCAUUCGGAGAGGCGCCGAAUUACGAUAUUACCAUCAACGACCACUUCCGGCAGAGUCUCUUCGACGCGCUAGCAUUAUUCAACGAAAACAGGGCAAAGGCGCUUGAAGAACUAUACAAGAACAUAGAACAUGGACGAUUGAGAUCCGAGAAAAUUAAAGCCGACUUUGAGGAGGUGGCUGCGGCUUGUGGUCACUUCAGUUUCAGCCUCCAGAGCUUCGGCGAGGAAAUGAGCAAAUACCUGGACGUUUUGGACGACCUCAAGUACGCGACUGAGCACAAGCGGCGGAGUUGGCAAUUUCUGGCUUUGUGGAAGGGAGUUCAUCAGCGACAGACUCGAGCUCCACUGCUACCUUUCGAGGUAGAACGAGAAGCGGUGGUCAGGCCGAUUAGGAGGUCGCAGCUGCCACGAGGAGUCCCUGACCAAAUGAUUCGACGAAGGGACACUUUCAGCUGGGACGCGGAGCCUUCGGCCAGUGAUGUCGUUAAAAUGUUGUCACAAAAGUUCCUAACUUUCCUGCGGUUUCUAGCCAGGGAUGACAUUCGAUUCGGCAUCAAAGUUGGCGUUGGCGCCAUGCUCUACGCUAUGCUUGCCUUCAUACCCGAGACCAAGCCUAUAUACAUGCACUGGAGAGGCGAAUGGGGCCUGCUGUCUUUCAUGAUCGUGUGUUCCAUGACCGUUGGCGCUGCCAAUACCACUGGUACCACCAGAAUUCAGGCGACUAUAUGCGGAGUGAUAUUUGCGGUCAUUAACUGGACCGUCAGCCAAGGCAACGGUGUUGCGCUCCUAUUUCUCGGCGCUCUUGUUGCGUUUGGAAGCUUCUGGAUCGUUAUCGUCCAGAAUAAGGUCUCUUUCGGCCGAACUGUGCUCCUCGCCUACAACGUCUCUCUGCUGUACGCCUACCUUAUAGCGAAUAAAGUUGAGGACGAUGACGACGAUGAAGGCGGCGAGACACCUUAUAUUGGCGAAAUCUGUCUGCACCGAGCGCUUGCCGUUUCUGCAGGCAUCCUCUGGGGUUUGAUUGUUUGCAGGCUCGUCUGGCCUAUCUCUGCUCGCAAAAAGUUUCGCGAGGGUAUCUCGGUGCUCUACCUGCAGAUGGGACUUAUCUGGAAGCGUGGGCCACUGGCCAUUCUUCUACGCAGCGACUGCUCGCGCUCCUACCUCAAGUCGGGUGAACAAGCUGCGAUGCAGCGAUACGCCUCUCGCCUGGAGGUCUUCCGGCAAUCCGCGCUUUCCGAGUUCGAGCUCCGUGGGCCAUUCCCCUACGAGGCCACGGGGCGGAUCAUGCGCAGCACGAACAGGCUGCUUGACGCAUUUUACGCCAUGAGUCUAGUCACCCAACGCCGCGGCCAACUGUCGGACGGAGAGAAGGCGCUACUGUUGUUCACGGCGAGGGAGCGUGCUGUGCUAUGCGAGCGCAUAUGCCAUGUCUUCCAGGUCUUGGCGAGUUGCUUGAUGCUCGAGUAUCCCCUUACGGACGCAAUUCCCAGCGUCACGGGGAUCCGGGACGAGCUCCUCGGUAAGAUCUUCUUGUUCCGCAAGGAGCACGCCGCGGCCUUGAAAGAGAAGAAGGAGCGAGAGGCGGCUGAGGCAGGAGAACCGACACAACUAGAGGUCAACGGCACUAAUGACAAUGGCCAUGCUCAUACCAACGGUGAUGGCCCAGGCUCACCAAAAAGCCCUUCGGUGGCUAGGCGCGGCAGCAGCAGUAGCAAAAGGAGCUACAGCGCCGGCCACUCGGCUCUCAGCGGGAGUCUGGCGGGCCAGGUGCAGCUGGAGGAAAAGGACUACGCGCUCCUGUACGCGUACGCGCUAGUCACAGGUCAGGUGGCUGAAGAGCUCAAGAUUGUUAGAAAGGAAGUCGAGAGCUUGUUUGGCGUGCUGAACGAGGAGGCGCUGUUGUUGCAGUAA